GAAACGCUCCAGAGACGAGGGAUGGAAAGCAUCACAGGGAAGGAGAGAGGGAGGGAGAGGACGAGAACGCGAUGCAACCAUGGGCCGACCACGGGAAUUCCUGCUAGCGAACCAUGGAAUCAUGGGGGUGGCAGCGAUGGUAGUAGGUGGCAGCCAGGGGGCCAUUUCCAGAGGCCGGACGGUAUAGAGUCCGGAGUAUAUCGACUGUGUCGCCUCAUCUACAAGUCAAUCAGGCUCGCGUGUCGGCGGCUCGUGAGGCCUGCUGGUACACGUAAGGGCUCUUUGGUGAUGUACGACAGCGCUAGCUGUUCGUACGCAGGUGCGCUCGAAUUAAAGGGAGCCUCCGGGGCCGGAGCCGCGGCCGCGGCCGCCGCUGGUGUAACCGCGGCCGGCGUUAAACAGGAGAACUGGCCGUACCGCGGCCUCACCUGCGGCAGCACCUUUCAACGACUCAAGGAAAGCGUCGACAAGGCGAAGCAGGCCCUUGCCGAUCGCAGUGGUUACCUGGCGGGUGCGUUUUCGCCGCCUCCACGCGCCAACCCGUCCGCCAUUUCUCCCACCGCCUCCAUCACCGAUGCAAGCAGCUCUUAUAAGGGAGGUUGGAGCCACGCCACGUCGCCGGCACCUGGUCAGGGCUAUGGAAGCAGCUUAUCAAAGACAGCACUGGACACGCACAGCCAUCUCAGGCAGCCUGAUCCCUACCAAAUGUUCGGGGCGACGAGCAGUCGUCUCGCAAGCUCUGGUUCCGGACAGAUACAGCUCUGGCAAUUUCUACUCGAGCUUUUGUCGGAUUCAAGUAACGCCGCGUGUAUCACGUGGGAAGGAACCAAUGGUGAAUUCAAGUUGACCGAUCCCGACGAGGUGGCGAGACGAUGGGGCGAGAGGAAGUCCAAACCUAAUAUGAAUUACGAUAAAUUAUCGAGGGCCCUGAGGUAUUAUUACGACAAGAACAUCAUGACGAAGGUGCACGGCAAGAGGUACGCGUACAAGUUCGAUUUCCAGGGACUGGCAGCCGCGACGCAGCCGGCAGCGGCCGAUCCGGCGGCGUACAAAUACCAGAGCGAGCUCUUCAUGUCCGGUUACGGUCACGCGAAGCUGAACCUGAUGCCGCCGCCGGCGGCGUCGGUCUCGGUUUCCGUUCCCGGUGGCCUUUUCCAAUCGGCAUCGAGCUACUGGUCGACGAGCCCGGGCGCCAACUUGUAUGCCGGCCAUCACACGGCCUCCGGACACGUGCCACCUCAUCUCGGCACCUAUCCGCAUUACGCAUGACCCGCCGCCGAGCACUGGGGUGCUCUCGGCACACCGCGUUGAAAUGUUUCUACUGAAUAAAAAUGUACGGAGCCGCAUCUGCCACCGUCGUCGUCACCACCGCCGUCGGCAGCAUGUGAAAUCGUAAAUUGCGCACCACUCGGCCCCUUAUCAUCCCGCCCCCGCAGGCUCGGACCGCACAUUGUUUCAGGUACUUGCACGAAUCUGUCCAUAUCGCGUUAUAUUGCUUGCAACAUUAUCCUUUCGUAAUGGAUUACAAAGCGAUCGUCGCAUUUCCAAUAAUUCAAAUGAAUGCGAGUAGCAGAGUAAGUAGUAUGACAAUAAGUUUUGUAACAUCUUUUUCUCCCGGACUUGGGGAAGUAUAAUUAAACAUGCAAUCAACAUGUUGCCUCUCUUAUAUUCAAUGUACACUUCGUUUUGAUAGUGUUCAGCAACGCUCAUCAAUUGUUUAUUUUAUUUAAUAAGUUAUCUCUCGAUUUUGCGUCAAAAAUAUGAAGUAAUACUUUUGAAAAACAGAGAAUAUCAAUAUCAAAUUUUUUUCAUAAAUUUCUAAUAAAUUUAAUGAUGAAGAAAUUAUAAAAUUGUUGAAAGACAUUUGCAGAAAAAGGAGAAACAAUAGCGCGUGAUAUUGUUUCAAAAUGAUACAAACAUUUAUUGAGUUGAAAGAACUUUUCAACUGACAUCUCUACCGAUAGGUACAUAUUUCAAUUGAAGAGUUUCAAGAGUGCUUCUAAACGUGGAAACAUGAGAUGUUUAGAGUGUGUAGGAGAAGCCUACUUUGAAAGAGAUAACAUUAAUUUAAAUGAGUGAGUUACAUUCGAGUCUAACUAAAUUUUAUUUGUAAACUUAAAUAUCGGACCAUGUUUUCUAAUGUACAUCUGACAAUUAUAAAAAUACAAAUUUUGUGCGAAAACCACUCAUAGAUAUAUUUAUAUUGAAUUUAAAGGAAGUAAACUGUAAAGAUAUUUAUUUUCACUGACCAACUAUUAAUGAGUUAUGUACAACAGUCUAGGUCACUGUCGAGUCGUCAGUAGUGACAUAGCUUUAUAAUCGAACGUAAGUAGUAGACAAUCCCAUAAGUAGUAACGGACGAGCAGCAGACGCAGACAUCCGUUUAGCGAUGCAUGGAAAGAAUGGCUAAAGUAACUAAAAAUUUAGAUUUAUAAAUAAUUUUAUUGAACCAUCAAAAUAAUUAUAUAGGAUGCUC